AUGCCAGACUCAACCCUGUACCUCUACACUUCCCUGACCGCGGGGUCAUCGCACAUCGUUACCGCAACCUCCCGAAUCGAGACAAUCCUCAAAGCGAACAAAUUACCUUUCCGUGCCAUUGACGUCGCCACCGAUGAUGCCGCCCGGAAACUUUGGGGCCGACGCUCCAAGGGCAAGAAGCUUCCAGGGUUGGUGAAAUACGGCGAUAUUGUGGGAGAUCUAGAAGAAGUCGAAGAAUGGAACGAGUUCGGCGAACUACGUAUGGUAAUAAAUAGCGUUCAGGACCUAGGCGGGAUGCCCGCCACCAGCUAUGCUAUCCCAGAAGCGACCGAGGCCAAAACCGAGGCGGCCCCCGCCACAUUCAAACCCUCCACGAUCGAGAUCCAAAACCCUCCCGCUACCAAGCCCGAAGACAAGAAGGAUGAUACGGCUGUUCUAGCUCUGCGCCAGGCUAGCUCGGAGGCUGCAUCCAAGGCGAAGGCCAAGUCGGACGAUAAGAAGGAGCCAGUGAAAGAACAGGUUCCAGAGGUACCUGUCGCCAACCGCACGCACCGUGGGUCAGUGGCCCCCGAAUUGCCAGACACCGCUCCUGAUUCACCAAAGUUCGCGAAACGUCCGACUCUAGUUCCCGAACAAGCGGCCAUAUCCUCGGCGAACUUCCACGUGGAUAACGCAGAGUUGCUUGGGUUGGUUGGACAUCAUCGGUCGUCCAGGGUGUCGACUCUCGAGAACGCGGAUCAAGACCAGACAGUGCAUGAGAUCAGACAGUCCAUAUCUGCGGAGCCUACGGGUACCCUGGAUUCUUUGCGCAAAGAAGCUGCGGAGAAGACGAAGACCGAGUCGAUUGAGGAAGCGCCGAGUCCAAGCGGCGACAAUGUGGCCAUUGAGAAUAAGGAAGAGCUUAUGGAACCCAAUGAGCCUAAGGGCAAUGCUAUUGCUGAAAUGAUUGCAUUGGCUGUGGCGCCUCAAGAGAUCAAGUCCGAGCCUAAGAAGGAGACCAAUGGUUCCAAGGAUACGGAAGAUGAGAAGGAUGAUACCAAGGCAGGGCUGGUUCCCAAGUCAGCCGAGUAG